CCUUUGACUCUGGCCAUGCACACCGAUAGUCGUCUCGUCAUGUCCGUAUAGAAAGAGCAAUUGAACUAAAUAACAGCAAAACAUAAUGUUUUCGAAAUUUUGACCUUUCACAUUUUCAACUACUCAUGAUUUCUACAAUUCGCAAACCUAUGAACGGCAUUUUUAUCCUCAAACCUACAGUCCAUCAAAAUGUCCGUCACGACGUUGAAUGGCCAACCUACACUUAAUAUUUCCGGUCCCGGCCAGACCGCACUCUCCCGUCUCGAUCCCCUCAAAAAGAUCUUCACGAAGUUCUUUGCCUCCAUUCCGCAGACAGUGCGAGGUCAUGUCGUUGCUGUUAUAGGAGAACUUAUCGGUACAACGGCCUUUCUAUUCAUCGCUUUUUCCGCAGCAGAAGUGGCUCUCGCAUCAGCGAAUGAUAAUAAAGGCGAUAAAGUUAACUACACAACGAAAUCCAUUAGUACCGAUCAGAUAUUGUUUAUAGCAUUUGGAGCCGGAAUCAGUUUGGUUGUUAAUGCAUGGACUUUCUUCCGUAUUAGUGGAGGACUAUUCGAUCCGGCUGUGCGUUAGGAAUCGAAAUAUAACAAGUAGGCUCUGUGCUGACAUGUAAAAGGUUUCUAUUGCAUUAUUCUUCGUCGGCGCAAUUGAUUUGACAAGAUGUGUCUUGCUUUGUGUAGCACAAUGUGCUGGUGGGAUCGCAGCAUCGGCAAUGGCCUAUGGUUUAUAUCAUGGAGGUUUACACACAGCAACGACUCUUAAGCCUGGCAUGAGCACAGCACAAGGAGUUAUUGUCGAGAUGAUACUCACGUGUCAGCUCUGCUUUACUGUUCUUAUGCUCGCGGCCGAAAAGCAUGAAGCUACGUUUUUGGCACCAUUGGGUAUUGGAUUAUCUGUGUUUAUUGGAGAACUUGCUGGUAAGCCAAACUAAAUUAACCCAAGUAUUCUAUAAUACUCACACUGACUUCUUCAAGGCGUCUUCUGGACCGGUGGAUCUAUGAACCCAGCCCGUUCCCUCGGCCCCGCAGUCAUAACCAGGAGUUUCCCCAGCUACCACUGGAUCUACUGGGUUGGUCCCAUCGCCGGCGCCGGCCUAGCAAGCAUUAUCUACAAGCUAAUCAAAGCACUCGAAUACGAAACGGCUCAACUUUCCGAAGGCGAACUACACGCUCAACCUAUUGAUGAUUCGGAGAAAGCAGCUGGGCAUACAGGUCCUUGUGAAUGCAUGUGUUUUAAAGUAGCGGCUCAAGGACAAUCAUCAGCCGCGAGUACGUUGCAAGUUGCUACUACUGAUGUAAGGAAGAGUUCAAGCUUGAUACCGACGAAGAGUACGAAGAGUGGGACUUCUGCGGAGGUAAAAGAAAAGCCUGGUGUGGUGGUGGAGGAACCAGCUAAGACGCAGCCGAAAGAUGAUGAUGGUUUCUUUGGGGAAAUGUACGCAGAUUGAGCGGGAAAGAAUAGUAUGGCUUCAAGGAAGUGUUGAUGUUAUUGUUUGUGCGAAGAUGGGACUUGUGUCAUAAGAUUGGUAUAAUGGAUCAUUGAAUACCUUUCUCUUUCGCUUCGGGGUAAUUAGAGCACAUAAUGGCGAGUUUCCUAUGAUUAUGGGAGGCUUUAGUUCAAACUAUUUGUAUUAUAGCUGCGAGUCCU